AUGAACCUCAGCAUCAUCAUGACCAUCUCCUCCACGCUCCUGGCCCUGGCCCUGAUGCCCCUGUGCCUGUGGGUCUACAGCCGGGCGUGGAUCAACACGCCCCUGGUGCAGCUGCUGCCCCUCGGCGCCGUCACCCUGACGCUGUGCAGCACCCUCAUCCCCAUCGGGCUGGGCGUCUUCAUUCGCUACAAGUACAACCGGGUGGCCGACUACAUUGUGAAGGUUUCCCUGUGGUCUCUGCUAGUGACACUGGUGGUCCUUUUUAUAAUGACCGGCACUAUGUUAGGACCAGAGCGGCUGGCUAGUAUUCCUGCCACUGUUUACAUGAUCGCGAUUUUCAUGCCUCUAGCAGGCUACGCCUCGGGCUACGGCUUGGCCGCGCUCUUCGGUCUCCCCCCCAACUGCAAGAGGACCGUCUGCCUGGAGACGGGCAGCCAGAACGUGCAGCUCUGCACCGCCAUUCUCAAGCUGGCCUUCCCGCCACGGCUCAUAGGGAGCAUGUACAUGUUUCCCUUGCUCUACGCCCUUUUCCAGUCUGCAGAAGCAGGGAUUUUUGUGCUAAUAUAUAAAAUGUAUGGAAGUGAAAUACUGCACAAGCAAGAUCCUCUCGAUGAAGAUGAAGACACCGAUAUUUCUUAUAAGAAACUGAAAGAAGAGGAGAUGGUAGACACGUCCUAUGGCUCAGUGAACGCAGAGAGCUUGAUGAUGGUGGAAACCGCUCAGACAGCUCUCUAAGCGUGGAGACACAGGAGCAUCUGUCUUGCUGAAGUUUUACUUCGUAUUUAUAGUCUGUGGUAGUGUAUGUGGUUUACCUAAAGGGUAACAAUUGGCUCACAAUACCAUACUUGUUAACAGUUUUGAACUUACCGCUGUAAGGCCGCCUUGGUGUAUUCACUAAGCGUUUUCACCAAUUACAAGUCAGUGUCCUAUUAUAACUUGCACCUGGGACUGCGCACGCACGUGAAGCCUGAAGAAGUGAAGUGUGCUCUUUGGUUUCAACCAUUAACCAGUUUCUAUGACUGUUUCAAAGAUGUAAACUCUCAGAAAACGGGGUUUGGGAAAUGUAGAAUUUCGGUGCACUAUCUUAUAUGAGUAAAAACAAGCUAUAUUUGUAAAGCAUCAUUGAGUUUAAUGUAAUUGUUGUAAAAAAAAAAGUGUGCUAGCUUAACUUAUGAAUACUUGACAAUGUUGAAAUUUGACCUGUAUUUAGAAAAAUCCCCAAACAGGUCAAUUAAAUAAUGACAUAUAAGUGUUUUAGUGUCAAACCUGUUUCAAAUCAGAAAAAAAUACACUAACAUAUUUGAUUACUUGA